AUGAUUCGUGAAGAAGAUAACACUGGCUAUGGAGAAUUUCGGACAACAGAUGUAGAUGAACCUUCAGCUACUAAAGUAUAUCCUGUUCAGGCGUUUUUUGAAUGCUUCCAAGCUUGUUGCGAAGCAUUUCAAGCAAAAGAUCUUAGAUCUGUUUAUUCAAAUUUAGCAAUUCUUUUCGAUAUUGUUACAGGACUUGAAGAAAUUCCAUUUGAUGAACUAGAAAACAUUGGCUUCCAUAUGUUUUUUAAGGAAUUAUUCUUAAAUUAUGAUUUUCGGAUUACUUUUCCAGAUGCACUAAGAGUUUUGAAUUUUAUAGCAGCAAGCGAUGGCUUCAAUACAGAAUUACUAGCAAAUGAAGAAUAUUUCAACAUUUUAAUAGACGAAGUUUUACCUCAAGUAAAGAGACAGAACAUGCCACUUGAACUAAUAUCAAAUAUCAUAUCAGGAAAUUCACAAGCCAGAGAUAUUUUCAUAAGUACUGAUAUAAUUGAAACAUUUAUCAUAAAUACAUACGAUGAAAAGAAAGAUCCUUUUUAUUGGAUUGCUGCAAAUCAUUUGCUUGUUACAUGCAUCAUUACUACACCAUAUUUACCAAUUGAAAGACUACAAAUUAUUUCAGAUUUUGUUAUUGAACAUAUUGUUGGAACAAAGAUACUUAGUUCAUCAAUUAUAGAUGUUUUAUAUAGUAUAAUAGCCGUAUCCACAGAAGCUGCAGUGUAUAUAUUGCAAAAGAUUCACAAUGAAAAUCCAGAUUUUAAUUUAUUAGAUAUUAUAAGAAAUCUGAGCUCAGAAUUUCAAAUUAAGCUUUUAAAGUCCGUAGAGAUGUUAUGUACAAUAGAAGAAUUGGGCUAUGCCGCUGAUUUCUUUUGGCCAUAUAUUUUAAAUCUCCAAAUCUUUAACAAUACUCCAGAAAUGAUCACAGAAAUAUUUAAUGCAGCAGUAGUUAUUAUUAGUAUGGGUCCUCGUAAUACAAUUAGUGCUUUCAAGCGAGGUUUAGUUGAUUCUUUAAUAAAUUAUGCGCAAACAGCAUCUUAUUCAAUAAGAGUUAGCGCAAUUAAGUUAUUAUCUAUUAUAAUAAUGAGAGAAUUAUAUAUUCCUUGUGUUGGAAUGACAAUUAUUAGAUUUGGAUUUCUUGAUUUUGCAACGGACUUCUUGAAUGAAUUAGAAAUUAGAAAAUAUAUUAUUAAGGCUAUAUUUUGCUUAGUUGUUCAUAAGGUUGGAGAAGGAAGUUACGUUUCAUUAGGUGAAAUAUUUAAUCAAGAAUUUUUUGAUGCACUCAUUGAAGGAUAUUAUGAAAGUACAUAUGACGCUGAAGAAAUAUCAAUGAUAGAGUAUAUUAUGAGAGUUUUUGGCUUUUUAAGACAAGAUGAUGAGGAUUCUUAUCAUUUUGAACAACCAGAAGAAGACUUCUUUGAUGAUGAAGAAUCUGCUGAGGAAGAUGAUGCAGAAGUUGAUGCAUCAGGAGAAAUAAUUACUCCAGUUUAUAGAACUUUUCUCCAUUUACGCAGAAAAUAUGGAUUUUCAACAGAUUUUGAUCCUGAAGAAGGAAAUGAAGCUCCUGCCGAUCAAUCACAAGAUCAACAAACAGAUUAG